GUAAAGUUUACUGCUUGGAAACAAUUCCUUUUUCGGUAUCCCAGUUCAGACAUCUGCCUUAAAUGCACAGGUGACAGAGACGGGAGGCUCAGUUGUUGCACACCUGGGCUGCUCCUAGCGCCCGCGGCUGCCUCACGAGCGGGCUUAUAGCCUGGGCGGGGAAAAGGCUCUCCUGCGGUCAGAGCGCGGGAGCGGCGCGGGCCCGCCCGCGCUUCCCCUCGAUCAACCGAGCGCUGAAAACUUUCGGAACCGCUUUCGUCGUCGUCCUCCUCCUCGCCUCUCCGUUGAGUGACGCCUCCCAUCGCCCGCCGCCACCGAGGAGGGACAGGCUGGCCCCGCCCCUCGGAAAGAGACUCCCACCAAUGCCACCUCUGCUUCUCCCACCGAGGCGACCGCCACAUCUGGCCGGCUUAAGGAGAGAGGAACAGGAGCGGCCUGGCGAGGCAAAGGACUUCCCAGGAAGUCCCGAACAAACGCCCCGGUUCGCCGGUUCUGUCAAACCUGACGGGGCGUUUCGGGGCUCCGUCUCGCGCCACGCGCGCCCUUUUUCUUGCUUCCUCCCCCUUCCUUCCCUUCUCUUCCCUGCCUGAGCAAUUCUGAAGAUGAGGAGGGGGAAGGGAAGAAACAAGAGAAGCGACACGGGUCUGGCUGCCUCCGAGCCGUCGCUUGCGUGAAGCCGAGGCGGGCGCGGAGGAGCCUUCGAAGAGCCCCAAGCGGUGGCUCCCGCCAGCCAAAGAAGGACCAAGAGUGAGCAACACUACUUUUCCCUUGGUUGACAGACGUGGUGAUGAGGCGUUUCAAUUCAUCCUAAAUGGCACUAGGAUUGUGGUCUCAACGGAGUUUUAAACUAGCCUGGUUGCAAAACAGAUUAUCAUAUUCAUAUGACCUGCUAAGACUUUAAAUGGACCCUAAAUUUGAACGUAUUUCUGCUCAAUCAUUCUGUAGAAGUAAAGAGGAGAGAGCUGACAUUAGGAAUCGGAUACUUCAUGAGUUACUUUUUCUGAUGUGGAUAUGAAUCUCUUGUUGGAAAAAUAUUGGAGUCUGGCCAUCCAUCUCAAAUUCAUGAGAUUAGAGAGAUAACAACAGUUAAAAAUACAAGAAAGAAACGUAACAAUAAAAACACACAUAUAUAAUCAGCAAUCAAGAUAACUGCUGGAUAGUGAUGAGCGACUGUCUAGAGGCAACAAGAUGCGAUUGCCACCACAGAUGGUUCUGAAGAGAAGUGAUGUUUGAAAGGACAGUCUUUUAAUAGUACCUGAGUGGGGAUCACAAUAGAAAAUUAUGAUAGCCACCGGAGGAGUCAUAACAGGACUGGCUGCCUUAAAAAGGCAAGAUUCUGCCAGAUCCCAACACCAUCUCAGUCGUGCAACAUCACCAGCUCCUGAGGAACAGAAACCAGCCAAGCGUCGGCCAAGGACGGAUGUGGUUGUAGUCCGAGGCAAAAUCCGACUGUAUUCCCCAUCAGGAUUCUUCCUUAUCCUGGGAGUGCUGAUUUCUUUCCUCGGAAUUGCUAUGGCCAUUCUUGGUUACUGGCCCCCAAAAGACUCAUUCCUGGAACCUGAAGACAGCUUGACACUAAACGAGACUCAGUUAAUAGGAAGAGGAGGGGGAUUUAUUAUGCGCUUCCUUGAGCAGCAUUUACAUUCUGAUAAAAUGAAAAUGCUGGGGCCUUUCACUAUGGGGAUUGGAAUAUUUAUUUUUAUUUGUGCAAAUGCCAUGCUUCAUGAAAACCGGGACAAGGAGACAAAAAUCAUACACAUGAGGGACAUCUAUUCCACUGUAAUUGACAUCCACACUCUGAGAAUCAGUGAGCAAAGGCAGCUGAACGGUGCCUAUACCGGCUUGGCAGGAGAGAAUGAAAUCAAGCAUGGUGGAAGCUCUUGUGCAUCCCGGCUGGCUGCAAAUACAAUUGCUCCUUUCUCAGGCUUUGCAAGCAACUUCCAAAGGGUUAGCAACGAUGAAGAGGAUGAACUUGCUGGAAAUGAGACCAAGAAAUCAAUCCCAAAUCUUAUGUCACCUUUGCUGAUGGAACACUCUGGUUCAGUCUUUGGCCUUUACCCUCACUCUGGGAAAGCGAGGGACGAAAGAAGCAGUGGCUCUCUGAAGUGUGAAACAAAAUCGAUUGUGUCAUCUUCCAUUAAUGCUUUCACAUUACCUGUAAUCAAACUGAAUAACUGUGUUAUUGAUGAACCAAGUAUUGACAAUAUCACUGAGGAUUUAUCAAGGAGUAGAGACAGACCUAGAAAUUUGUCCAUGGAUUCUUUGGCUCUCCCAUUAAUGAAUACUGGUGAUAGCUACAAAUCUGCCAAUGAUUUGUUGCCACGCAAUACUUUAUAUGGAGACUCUUCAUUCAGUCAGUUCAAAUCUUCAAUGACUCUUGGAGCCAGCACUGGACAGCUCUUAUCACCUGGUGCAGCCAGACAACAGUUCGGGUCUAACACCUCUUUGCAUCACUUGUCUGCACAUUCAAAAUCCCUAGACUUGGAUAGGGGUCCUUCUACUCUCACUGUCCAAGUUGAACAAAGAAAACAUCCAAGCUGGCCACGACUGGACCGUAGUAACAGCAAAGGUUAUAUGAAACUAGAAAAUAAGGAAGACCCUAUGGACAGGCUUCUCAUACCACCAGCUGCAGCGAAGAAAGACUUUACUAAUAAAGAAAAACUAUUGAUGAUUUCCAGAUCUCACAAUAAUUUGAGUUUUGAGCAUGAUGAGUUUUUGAGUAACAAUUUAAAGCGUGGAACUUCAGAAACAAGAUUUUGAUGAUCAGAUGACUACAGUUAAUAUAUUUGACAGUAUUUAUUUUAUAAAAUAAACAUUUUGAACCCUUCCUUUCAUUUCUUUUAGUGCAACCGUAUUCUUAUUGAAUAUUUCUCUCUGAUUAAAAUUGCCUUGUGUUUGAAAAUAUUUUUUUCAUCACAAUGACAAAAGUUUAAAGUUAAGUAGCUUGUUCAGGAAAACAUGGCCCUGACAUAAUGUUAUUUGGUUAGUGAUUGCAUUAGGUGGCAAUUGUAUGUAGAUUAAGAAAUAAUAUCUUAAUUUACAACUACUGUGCCACUUGUUCAGCAAGUUUGAGUGAUUUAAAUCCAGAUUGCUUUCUAGUCAGUUUUUUGUUUCUACAUAAGGAUGUUUUGUUUUGCUUUUGUUUUUCAUAGUUAAAAGUAGAGUUGUGGCUGAUUAAAUAAGUUUCAGUGUUCAGAACCAUCGGAGACUGCAAGUUUAAGAAUGAUGUUUUUGGCUCACAAUGGAAACAUAUAAAGUCUGAAGUACCAAGAUCAUAUUUGGUAUCAUUUGUAGAAUCCUCAAAGGUACUUAAGAUGAACUCAAAAUUUCUGGAUGUUUUUGUUUUCUCCCCUUUUCUGUAUCUAAAAGCUUUCAUCUGCUACCAGAGAGAAUUGUCAUUUGCCUCAGUUGCUACUGUUCAAAAAACAAAAGUCCAUAUCUAGUCUGAGCAUGGAGAAUUGCAUAGUGGUUUGAAUAUAAGCCAAAUAUGUUACAAGCAGAGGAUCCAAGGCUAUUGUCCUGCAAAACUUACCAAAAAUAAUAGUUUUUCCCAAUUAGAUAUGUUUGAAUGUCAAACCAGCAUUGAAAGUAAUAGUUUUAACAUAUCUGGAAGGUACAUGAUUGGAGAAUGCUAAAAUAUUACCUAUUCAGUAACUUUCCAUUUAUUUCAAUAGAUUGCACCCAUUUUUCUUUUAUAUAUAGGAAAAAUGUUAAGUGAAAUGACAUUAGAUAUUUGGGAUUUUCUGGAAAACGGGGAAUAUGCAAAUUAAAAAUAAUAGUAUGUACAUUUUCCGAAACUACCUAAUUCCUAUUUCAUGAAUGAAGAAGAUCCAUUAUUAUGGAUCUACUAUUAUAUCGAAGGACAUACAAGGUAGAUCUUUUGUUAUUUAUCACCCAGGGUUGAGUGGGAGGAAACUGAAACAAUUUUAUCAUCCUCUUCCCAAAAUUAUUUCUGAUGCAGUUUAACACAAAGGUCCUUGUAGCUUUAUUUGGCAGUUUAUCAAGGAGCGAUAUAUAUUGUUCUGGUAAAAAUGACCAAUAGUUAGAGAGGUGUUAACAAAGGUUUUUUUUUUUAAUCACUUCCUGCUUUAUCACUACUUCUUGCUGCAUCCUCUCUUUCCACCCCACCCAUCCACCAUUAGUCUGUUUACUGAAGAGAUUCAGCAAGCUGGUUAGAGAUCAUAGUAUUUCGUCAUCACGAGGGCCAUAUAUUGCUUAAACUCCAGAGAAGGGAAUUUUACAUUUUACAAGUGUUAACAUAGCUUGCCCUUUUGUAACAUAGAAACAAUGUUUAAAGUAAUGUAGGACUCACACCCAUACACACAUAUCCUUAGAGUUAUUUGAGGGAAGUCCUUGAUGCUCUCUGAGCCCUGUUGCACUGAUAAUGUUACCUAGUUUGGGUAGUGAAACGUCUGCAAGAAAACAACCAAGUUCAGGGAGCACUAAGGACCCCCUCAUUUCAACCCUGAGCUAAGAUAUUCUCCUUUAUUGUUACAAUUAUUUACCUGAAGUUUUGUUACGCUUCAAUUGUUGAGAAGUGUCUAUAUAGAAUUGUCAAGUUCUGGCAUUUCAUGAUUUCCACUGGAAGAUUAUGGAUGUAAUCACCAUUCAUAUUUUUUUAAAAUCUUUUAUCAGUUUUUCCAAGUUGGAUACAGUUGCUUCACUCCAAAAUUAAGUCUAUUAAAUAGCUUAAAAAAAAUCCUCCAACUGAUUCCUGUAACUGGUUCACCCUAUUGUUAUUUUUUUCUAUAAUGCAGAUAGCCUACACAAGUGUUCCUAGAAGACAGUGAAUUUAGAUGAAAUUUUUAAAUAACAGAAUUGGUGUCCUGUUGCCCAGUAUAAUUUUUCUGAACAUGAAAAAGAAAUUCAUUAUGCCUACCACCAUCCGUUAUGAAGCUCCUCUAGACCAUGUUUCUUUACUGUAACACAGCCAAUUGCAGUGAUAAAUCAGAUUGUGAAAUGCCACAAAGACAGCAAUACUGACACUGAAAAUUAUUGUUAAAUUAGUAGGGUGAAUGUUCAUUAGAAAUAAAUUCAUAUGCCUCUCUGAGAAGCCUUUCACAAUUUGGUGUUAUGCAGAUGUCAGUUUUUUUUCCAGCCAGCAAAUUAAAGUCCAUGCUGUCUGAGAUUUUGAAGCCCAAGAUUAUUUUAGUAGCAUCAAAUUGAAGAAGGCCACCCUGAAGCCUAUUCUUGCUUAAUAGGCAAGUAGUCCAUUCUUGUUUGUGGUUUUGCCUACAAGAUCACAGUAUUAAUUUAUCGAAAGAUGUUGGACAUAAUAUAAAUAACUCAGGAAUUGAUUUACUAGCUUCUCCCAAAAUAGUUAUAUGUCAAAAUUUACUUUUAAUUGACUGCGAAAGAUAUUUUUUCUAUAGUUGUCCAAGUCUGUAUUCUAAUAAACUCUUUCUGUGACAAAAGCAUUACUUGCCCAGUGAAUUGAGGCAUGGUGUUAACUUAUUAGAAUUUCAAGCCUAAAUAUUGUAACAGAGUUGACUCAAUAUUUUGCUAUGAAGCUUUUAAUAACUUUCUGGUCAGUGUUCUUAUUACAUUUACUAUUUUUUCAAAUAAAAGCAAAACAUAUAACUGCA